ACUUCCUCAUUUGGACUCCAGAAUUUGCCCUCUGGGUGGAAUCUAUCAGGCCUCAAGAGAAGCCCCUGCCUGCCGUGCUGGGCUAUCAGAGCAACCUGCUCACUCCAGGAGGUGAUGGGGAUCCCCUCAUUCCUAGCCUUCCCUGCUGCCUGGAGGAACCGAGCUCACUGCACGCCCUGGCAUCCUUGGGGCCACAUGCUACUGUGGACAGCUCUGCUCUUCCUGGCUCCUGUUCCUGGGAAACCUGCAGAUCUCCCAAAAGCUGUGGUGAGCAUCCAGCCUGCGUGGAUCAAUGUGCUCAGGGAGGAUCAUGUGACGCUGAUGUGCCAGGGGACCAGCUUCUAUGCAGGCAACCUCACCACGUGGUUCCACAACGGGAGCUCCAUCCACACCCAGAAGCAGCCCAGCUACAGCUUUAGGGCCGGCAGCAAUGACAGCGGAUCCUACAGAUGCCAGAGGGAGCAGACCAGCCUCAGCGACCCUGUGCAUCUGGACGUGAUUUCUGACUGGCUGCUGCUCCAGACCCCCAGCCUCGUGUUCCAGGAAGGGGAGCCCAUCGUGUUGAGGUGCCACAGCUGGAGAAACCAGCCUCUGAAUAAGAUCACAUUCUACCAGGAUGGGAAAUCCAAGACAUUUUCCUAUCUGCGCUCCAACUUCUCUAUCCCACGCGCCAACCUCAGUCAUAGCGGCCAGUACCACUGCACAGCAUUUCUCGGGAAGACGGGACACUCAUCACAGCCAGUGAACAUCACUGUCCAAGAUGGGAAUGAAGGUCCAGCAGUUCCACUCAUCUUUUCACCUUGGUAUCAAAUCACUUUCUGCCUGGUGAUGGGACUCCUUUUGGCAGUGGAUACAGGCCUGUAUUUUUCAGUGCAGAGAGACCUUCAAAGCUCCAUGGGAGACGGGAAGAAUAACAAAGUCAGAUGGAGCCAAGACCCUCAGGACAAAUGACCCUUUAUUUCAUGGUGUAACAGCAGUAGUGGCAGCAGCUCUUCAGUCCCUAACUUUCCUCUUCCCUGGCCUCACUUUGACAAUAACCUGGGCUAAGGAGCCUCCAGGGAAAGAAAAGACCUGUGAUCUCCAGAUCAAGUAGAAGGUAACAGGCCCUGCCGCUGCUGCCGCCGAGUCACUUCAGUUGUGUCCGACUCUGUGUGACCCCAUAGACGGCAGCCCACCAGGCUCCCCCGUCCCUGGGAUACUCCAGGAAAGAACACUGGAGUGGGUUGCCAUUUCCUUCUCCAAUGCAUGAAAGUGAAAAGUGAAAGUGAAGUCGCUCAGUCGUGUCCGACCCUCAGCGACCCCAUGGACUGCAGCCCACCAGGCUCCUCCAUCCCUCCCUUCACUGAUUUCCCAAAGGCUAAGGCACAGUCCCCACCCAUCCAGCUCUACAUGGACUCACAGCAAAUGUGUUCUCCCAGCUCCUCGCUAGAGGCUCCUCAAAUAUAUGAAGCCUCAGUAAAUCCUGGUGCUUCUUUCAAAGUAAAUCCAACAAUCUUCCCACUUCUCACAGGCUGCAGAUGGGCUCGCGGGGGCCGGGGCUACCUGGAGGGAUGGCACAGCCCCAGGAGGGAGGUGGACAUGGCAGCAUCUUGAUCCAAGCCACCAUCCUCUCUUACUUGGAUUACUGCAACAGCCUCCUGCCUGGUCUUCCUGCACACAACCAUGUCACCCAACAGUCUAUUCUCACAACAGCCAAUGUGUUGUAUCUGUCACUUCUUUUCUGAAAGCUAUGUAAUAGCUUCCCCCUUGCAUUUAGAGUAAUAGCUAAAGCCUUUGCAAUGUUCUACGAGGUACUACAUGAUCUUGCUCCUCAAUGCCUCUCUGACCUCAUUUAUUGCUCUGUUUUGCUUCCUUGGACACUUCAAUUAUACUUCUGCUACAGGUUUAUGUUAUUUCCCCUUUCUGAAAUGUUCUUACAGAUAUCCACAUCAUGCUUCUUCAUGGUCUUUACUCAAAUAUCACCUCAUUAGUGAGGUCUCCUUGGUCAUUCAACCUAACCUCACUCCUCCACCACCUCCUAAUCCUGCUCUCCUGCUUUAUUUUCCCCCAUUGUUCUCAUCUCCAUCUGAAUAUGUUCAGUUGUUUAUUGCUGUAUUUUUUCCCCCAUGUAUGUAUCACCAACUGACUACUCCCUCUCUCAUUAAAACAUGCUCCAGGAGAUCUGGGCCUUUCUUUUGUUCACUACUAUAUACUUAAGAGUCAAGGUCAGGGUCUGGCACAUGAUAAGACCCUCAAUACAUAUUUAUGGAAUCAGUAAGUUCUUCAGCAUUCAAAAUCAGACACUUUUUAAAAAAGUACAUCUACUCCAUCUUACCAGAUGCAGAAGUCCAAUUCAGUACUACUGAACACCCUAUUAGAUACUACCCAAAAUAUCCCACUAGUACAUGCAUUUCAGCUUUGAAUGUUAUCUGUCUAAACUCAUUUUUUACUUUCACCCAUCACAUCUUGUAAAGUAGUGUAUUAGUUGGACCUACUGCCCUCUAAUUGAAUUGACUUUCUAAUCCUGUACAGUAGCCGUGGAAAGCAUACUAAAAAGAGAGUUGAACAACUUGGAUUUGUGUUUCAUUUCUACCAUUUGCUAGGUGCUUUGUCUUGAAGAAUUCAUUUAACUACUCUAUGAAUUAGAUUCUUCUUCUGUGAAAUAGUGAUAUCUUUAUCUCCCUCCCCAGGGAUAUCAUGUGAGGUUAAAGUGUAACAACAUACAUGGAAGCAUAAUGUCUUUGGAACAUAGUAGAUGUUUAAUAAAUGCUUAUGGAAUCUGA